AUGAGUCCUCGACACGGCCCCCAAAAAUCUAAGGCCACUCGUCGUCGAACAUCGAAUUCCAUGUCUCCCAUACACCCUAUGUCACUCCGGAGCCGAACUAGGGCACGUAUACCCGCUAGUACUGCAACAUCGGAUCUCAUUGAUGCUACUCCGACCACAACGUCGGAUCUCAGUGGCUCUAGUAUCACUCCGGUGAUCCUGGCGCAACAAACGAAAAGGCUUGAAAUACUUAAGAAGGAAGUCGCCUCAUUGGAAGAAACAAGACAAUCACUUGAAAACGAGUUGAAGGAAGAGAUGCUUCUGCAAGAAGCGGAAUAUCAAUGUCCUCUUUGUCUUGAUCUGGCUUGGUAUCCAUACGUUACUGCGUGUGGCCAUUGCUUUUGUUCGAGAUGCCUCAGCCGAUACAAGGCCGAGCACGAUCGAAAACGUCUUGAGGACCCUUUUGGCACCAAUGUGAUCAUUGGUUGCCCAACAUGCCGAGCUUCUAUCUUUCGCAAGCCUCAGCGCUCCCUCAUCAUUCAACGAGGAAUCGAACAAGUUGCUGUAGAUCUCCAAGUUGUAGCUCCUCCACGACAUUUACUUGAAUGGCAUUAUUAA